CUGGUUAGAUAAGGAAGAUAAGCACCUGCAUCACUUCUUCCCUUCAGUGAGAAAUCAUUCACUGUGCAUCAAUAAAAGACAAAGCAGGCUGAAGACCCUCGUGUUUGACCAGAAUCACCUCUGAGGCACAUAAGAAUUGGAGUACAAUGAACUCACUCUGAGGAAGUCUACAGGAAUUCCCAGCAUCCUGAGCUCAGAGCAAAGAGAUCUCCGGUCGCUUUGACUUGUCAGCAGAGGAGGCUGUUCCUCGGCAGGGGGAGGGGCUUAACAGCUGGACCUGCUGUAUAUCUGACCAGGCAGCAGCUAGCGGAGCUGUUGGGAUGUCUCAAACCAGCUGAGACCAACCUCUAACCAGCACUGACUUUCAUACCAGAACACUUCAGGGACGGAGUUUGAAAGCCCAGAGGCUCUGACCAUAAAAGAUCAAGCGCCUUUGUUCUUUAUUCUGGAUUUUGGAACAACUGGAAGAAUCUGAAGCGGAGUCAUAACAAAACCAAAAGGUUUGAUAUGCAGUUGGAACACUGACCGUCUACACCCUCUAGGUGAAGAUGCUUUCCAACGGUCAGGACAUGGAGGUGAAGCAAAAUCGCUGCACAGAAGUCCACGGACCUGUGGCUGGCAUAUUUCUGGAGAAGUCAAAGGAAAAGAUGACGAUAUAUCAAGCAAUGAAAAAACGUUUGCUCAAGCCAGGGACCGCCUUAGCCUUGCUUGAAGCACAAGCUUCCACAGUAGGCAUCGUAGAUCCAAUAAACAACAGAAUACUUCCCAUUGCAGAAGCUGUUAAAGAGGGAAUAGUUGGGCCAGAAAUGAAAGAGAAACUUCUCACAGCAGAGAAGGCCAUCAGUGGGUAUGUAGACCCCUACACCAAUCAGAUAAUAUCUGUAUUUCAGGCUAUACAGAAAGACUUACUCCCGAGAGAUUAUGGAUUGAGGCUGCUGGAAGCACAGAUAGCCACACGAGGCCUGUUUGAUCCUGUCAAGAAGACAAAUCUGUCAGUUGACUCUGCAAUUCAGAAAGGUUACUAUGAGAAAGAUUUGCUCAAUGACCAAAUGUCAGAGCUCAAAGUGUUUUACGAUCCAAGCUCACGAGAAAAUCUGAGCUACCGACGCCUCGUAGAGAACUGCACCAUGGAGUCGGACACAGGCCUGCUGCUCCUACCUGUUUGCAUCACUUUUAAAGGUCUGCGAAGAGGCAUUUCCUCCACCGAACUCCUCGCAUCAAAGAUCAUCGACAAACAAACAUAUGAUGAUCUACAGAAGGGGAAGACCACAACGCAGGAUGUGAUGCUGAUGGAAACAGUGAAAGAAUACCUGGAAGGCAAAGGCAGCAUCGCAGGUAUUGCUGUGCUCUCGUCUAAUAAGAGAAUGAGCAUUUAUCAAGCCAUGAAGCAAGGCAUACUGAUGCCUGGAACAGCACUGGUUCUACUGGAGGCACAAGCUGCUACUGGGUUCAUGAUUGAUCCAGUGGAAAAUAAAAAGUUCACUGUGGAUGAAGCUCUCAAGAACAAGCUUGUUGGCCCAGAAUACCAUGCCAAACUGCGUUCUGCUGAGCGAGCAGUUACUGGGUACAAAGAUCCAUAUUCAGGUGAAACUAUAUCCCUGUUUCAAGCACUGUCUAAAGACCUCAUUGUUAAGGAACAUGGGAUCCGCCUUCUUGAAGCACAAAUCGCUACAGGUGGAAUAAUAGACCCAGUCAACAGUCACAGACUUCCCGUAGAAGUGGCCUUCAAGAGAGGUUACUUCAAUGAAGAGAUGAACGCCAUACUAAACGACUCAGGCGAUGACACAAAAGGGUUUUUCGACCCAAACACAGAAGACAAUCUAACCUAUCUGGAGUUGAUGGAAAGGUGUGUCACUGAUCCUUUGACUGGGCUGUGCCUCCUCCCUCUGACUGAUAAGUCAGACAGGCGGAAUUUCACCUUCAUUGAUUACCAAACUAAGAAAGCUUUUCUAGAGGAAAAGGUGAAGGUGAUGUAUGGAAAGUACACUGGAUUGACAGUUUCUCUGUGGGAACUUCUGAUGUCAGAAUACUUUGACGAAAACCAGAGGACAGACAUCUUUCAAAAAUACAGAGAAGGGAAGCUCAGUAUCAAGAUUAUCAUUACAACAGUUCUAGAAGUGAUAGAAAAGUCUGUGAAAACAACUGAAGUUGUCUUUGAGGGUAUUAGAGAAACGGUUACAGCCAAACAACUUGUGGAGGCAGAUAUCAUUAGUGAGAAGGUUCUGGAGGACCUGAAAAAGGGAAAAACCUCUGUGAAGGAAGUGGUAGAAGAUGAAAAUGUAAAUGUGUACUUAAAGGGGAAGGGCAGCAUUGCAGGCAUUCUGCUUCCUGAUUCUCGAAUCAUGACCAUCUACCAGGCCAGACAGAAAGGAAAGCUGAUGCCAGGAACUGCUCUGAUUCUACUGGAGGCACAGGCCGCAACAGGGUUCAUCAUUGAUCCUAUCGGAAACAGAAAGUUUUCAGUGGAUGAUGCUGUUAAAGCAAAGAUCGUUGGGCCAGACAUCUGUCAAAAGCUGCGUUCAGCAGAGAAAGCAGUCACCGGAUACAAAGAUCCAUAUGAUGGCAAAACAAUCUCUUUGUUCCAAGCAAUGCAAAAAGACCUCAUCCUGAAGGAUCAUGGAAUUCGGCUCUUGGAGGCACAAAUUGCCACCGGUGGGAUCAUCGACCCAGUGAACAGCCACCGCAUUCCUGUUCAUGUGGCUUAUAAGAGGGGAUACUUUAAUGAAGAAAUGAAUCAAAUCCUGGAUGAUCCAAGUGAUGACACCAAAGGAUUCUUUGAUCCCAACUCCCUUGAAAACUUGACAUACUUGCAGCUCAUGGAGAGAUGUGUGACAGACCCCAGUACAGGCCUGUGCCUCCUGCCUCUGAAAAGCAAGAGCAGCAAAAUCAACAUAGAUGAUAAUAUGAGGGAAACAUUCAAAACAACAACAGUCACUGUCAAGUAUGGCAGGUUCAAGGGCAAACACACAACACUGUGGGAUCUUAUCAAUUCAGAGUACCUGUCUGAGGACAAACGACAGGAGUUUUUCAAACUCUUCAAGUCAAGGAAAAUCACAAUUGAGCAACUAAUUGUCACCAUUUUAGAGAUUGUUGAGACCAAGGAGAUAAAACGGCAAGCAGGGCUGAACUUUGAAGGCCUCAGAGGAGAAAUCUCUGUUGUGGAUCUUUUGGAUCUUGGAAUUGUGGAUGAAAAAACAUACGACAGUUUAAUUGAUGGAAAGAUGACAAGCACCGAUGUGAUGAAAAUCAACAGUGUGAGAACUUACCUACAAGGGACAAGCUGUGUAGCUGGAUUGAUACUGCAACCCUCCAAUCAGAAACUCAGUAUCUACGAGGCACAAAGAACUGGCAUUCUUACACCUGGCACUGCUCUUUGCCUCCUUGAAGCACAAGCGGCUACAGGGUUUGUUGUUGACCCUGUGAGUAACAAAAAACUCACAGUAGAACAAGCUCUCAGAGAAAAGGUCAUUGGUCCGCAGAUGUAUGAGAAGCUUCUGUCUGCAGAGAGGGCUGUCACUGGUUACACGGAUCCAUACACUGGUCAAAAGAUCUCACUUUUCCAAGCAUUGACAAAGGAUCUUAUUGUCAAGCAGCAUGGCAUCCGUCUACUUGAGGCCCAGAUUGCAACUGGUGGUAUCAUUGAUCCCUUGAAGUGCCUUCACUUACCCCUUGAGAUUGCAUACAGGAAAGGAUAUUUUGAUGCAGAACUUAAUCAGAUCCUGACAGACCUAACUGAUGACACAAAGGGCUUUUUUGACCCAAAGACAAAAGAGAACCUGACCUACAUGGAGAUGUUGGACAGAUGUGUGAAAGAUAAAGAAACUGGACUGUGUCUCCUGCCACUGAAUGACAAACCAAAAGCUUCAGCAACAAAGGAAAAAACCUACACUGACAUGGAGAUAAAGCAAGAGUUUGAAAAAACAACUGUGAGCAUGUCUAUAGGAUGCUAUUCAGGAAAAUCUGUUUCUUUGUGGGACUUGAUCCACUCUCGGUACUUCACUGAUGAUCAGCGGCUUGACUUCAUUGAAAAAUACAGAACUAGGCAGAUUACCACACAAAGCGUAAUCACAAUAGUGACUUCCACAAUUGAAAAACUCGAGAGUGAAACCCCCAAGAUGAUAAUGGGCCUGAGAAAGCAGGUUUCUGCACAACAACUAUUUGAUUCGGAUAUCAUUAAUGCAGAAACAUUCAAACAAGUGAAAGAUGGAAAAGUCACAUUUGAAACAGUAACUGAAGCUGAACCUGUGAGAGGAUACCUGAAAGGAACCAGAAGCAUUGCUGGAAUUAAGGUUCAUCCAUCCCAGAAAGUAAUGAGCAUUUAUGGAGCAAAAAAGAAAGAUCUGUUGACACCUGGCAUUGCACUUGUACUGCUGGAAGCACAGGCUGCAACAGGAUGGGUCAUGGAUCCUCUCAAGAACAAGUUCUAUGCUGUUGAUGACGCUGCAAAAGAGAAUGUAAUUGGACCAGACGUACACGAACAACUUCUCUUAGCUGAACGAGCUGUCACUGGCUAUAAAGAUCCAUACACAGACGCAACCAUAUCACUAUUUGAAGCCAUGAAUGAACAGCUGAUUCAAAGACGUGAUGGCCUUCGACUUCUUGAUGCACAAAUGGCAACUGGAGGCAUCACUGAUCCAAAUCAGAGCCACAGACUACCAGUUCAUGUGGCUAUUAAAAAGGGAUAUCUGGAUGAAGAAGUUCACGAACUCCUGUUGAACUCCACUGAUGAGGCAAAGGGAUUCUUCGACCCAAACACCAAAGAAAACCUUUCCUACCUUCAGUUGAUGAAUCGAUGUGAGAAAGAUCCUAAAACUGGGCUUCUUCUCCUACCACUGCAUACAGAGGAAUCUCAUGUAUUUCACACAGAUGAGCAAAUAGAGCUUGCACUGAAAAACAAAACUAUCACCAUGAAUACAGGAAAAUUUAAAAACAAUGACGUGACAGUGUGGGAAGUGCUGCUUUCUGAAUACAUAUCAGAACAUAAAAGGGAGCAGCUCAUACAACAAUACAGGACAGGAGCCAUGAAAAUAGAGGAGAUCAUUGAAAUACUGACGGUCAUUGUAACAGAGGUGUCAUCCAAAGAAAGAAAGUUCAAAGGGCUAAGAAAGCAGGUCUCAGCCAGUGAAUUGUUUGAGUCAAAGAUUAUCUCAAAGGAACUUUUCACCCAAAUUAUACAAGGAGAAGUGAGUGAAGAAAAUGUUGGGAAAAUGGAAGCAAUUCAGAAAUACCUUGGAGCUACAAAUUGUAUAGCAGGUGUCAGAGUUGAAUCUACGAAGAAGGUAAUGAGUAUCUAUGAAGCCAAAAGCAGAGGUCUGCUGACUCCUGGUACCUCUCUGGUUCUGCUGGAGGCUCAGGCUGCCACUGGCUUUGUCAUUGACCCAGUUAACAACAAGAAACUUUCUGUCAAGGAAGCUGUGGCUCAACGAGUGGUUGGCAGUGAAUGGGAAAAAAAGCUGCUUUCGGCCGAAAGAGCAGUUACAGGAUACAAAGAUCCCUACACUGGAAACACAAUCUCUUUGUUCCAGGCCUUGCAGAAGGAUCUUAUUGUCAAAGAUCAUGGAAUUCGUCUCCUUGAAGCCCAGAUUGCCACAGGAGGCAUCAUUGACCCAGUUCACAGUCACAGAGUCCCUGUACAGGUGGCAUACCAGAGAGGUUACUUUGAUGAAGAAAUGAACAAAAUUUUAUCUGAUGCUGAUGAUGACACCAAGGGUUUCUUUGACCCCAACACUCAGGAGAACCUCACCUAUCUCCAAUUGGUGGAGAGAUGUGUCAUCGAUCCAGUUACAGGGCUUAACUUGCUGUCAAUUGUGAAGAAAGGUGAGUUUUAUUUCUUUGUUGACGAGGCAACAAAACUGAUUCUGAAAUCAACAACAACAACCAGAGCAGGAGGGAAAUACCAAGAAACAACAGUGUCUCUGUGGGAUCUGCUCUACUCCAAAUACAUCACUGAGGAGAAGAGACGAGAGCUUGUCCAGCAGUACAAGGCUGGAACAAUCACAGUAGAAAGAUUUUUGGAGAUCAUCCUGACCAUCAUUCAACAGAAGACCAUAACAACUUCAUCUUCCUCAGUCAUCACAUGCUUACCUCCUGUAACAACAGUGGACAGCAACUCAUCUAAAACUACCAUCACUACAACAACAAUCACAGAGACCAGUCAAGUGGAAAAUUUUCAUGGAAUCAGAAAAGAUGUCUCUGCUACUGAGCUACUGGAAUCAAAAAUCAUUGAUGAGAGUCUCUACAAAGAUCUUACAGCUGGAAAAGUCACAGUGACAGAAGUCAGUGAAAUGAACUCAGUACGCAAGUACCUCGAAGGAACCAACAGCAUCGCAGGAGUGUACCUCCAGUCCACCAAAGAGACUCUGAGUAUCUAUGAAGCCAAAAGAAGAAGUCUGCUGACUCCUGGUACCUCUCUGGUUCUGCUGGAAGCCCAAGCUGCCACCGGCUUUGUCAUUGACCCAGUUAACAACAAGAAACUUUCUGUCGAGGAAGCUGUGGCUCAACAAGUGGUUGGCAGUGAAUGGAAAAACAAGCUGCUGUCAGCAGAAAGAGCAGUUACAGGAUACAAAGAUCCCUACACUGGAAGCACAAUCUCUUUGUUCCAGGCCUUGCAGAAAGAUCUCAUUGUCAAAGAUCAUGGAAUUCGUCUCCUUGAAGCCCAGAUUGCCACAGGAGGCAUCGUUGACCCAGUUCACAGUCACAGAGUCCCUGUACAGGUGGCGUACCAGAGAGGUUACUUUGAUGAAGAAAUGAACAAAAUUUUAUCUGAUGCUGAUGAUGACACCAAGGGUUUCUUUGACCCCAACACUCAGGAGAACCUCACCUAUCUCCAGUUGGUGGAGAGAUGUAUCACAGAUCCCAUCACAGGCCUCAGUUUGCUGGUCAUCGUGAAGAAAGGCGAGUUUUAUUUCUUUGUUGACGAGGCAACAAAACUGAUUCUGAAAUCAACAACAACAACCAGAGCAGGAGGGAAAUACCAAGGAACAACAGUGUCUCUGUGGGAUCUGCUCUACUCCAAAUACAUCACUGAGGAGAAGAGACGAGAGCUUGUCCAGCAGUACAAGGCUGGAACAGUCACAGUAGAAAGAUUUUUGGAGAUCAUCCUGACCAUCAUUCAACAGAAGACCAUAACAACUUCAUCUUCCUCAGUCGUCACAUGCUUACCUCCUGUAACAACAGUGGACAGCAACUCAUCUAAAACUACCAUCACUACAACAACAAUCACAGAGACCAGUCAAGUGGAAAAUUUUCAUGGAAUCAGAAAAGAUGUCUCUGCUACUGAGCUGCUGGAAUCAAAAAUCAUUGAUGAGAGUCUCUACAAAGAUCUUACAGCUGGAAAAGUCACAGUGACAGAAGUCAGUGAAAUGAACUCAGUACGCAAGUACCUCGAAGGAACCAACAGCAUCGCAGGAGUGUACCUCCAGUCCACCAAAGAGACUCUGAGUAUCUAUGAAGCCAAAAGAAGAAGUCUGCUGACUCCUGGUACCUCUCUGGUUCUGCUGGAAGCCCAAGCUGCCACCGGCUUUGUCAUCGACCCAGUUAACAACAAGAAACUUUCUGUCGAGGAAGCUGUGGCUCAACAAGUGGUUGGCAGUGAAUGGAAAAACAAGCUGCUUUCAGCAGAAAGAGCAGUUACAGGAUACAAGGAUCCCUACACUGGAAGCACAAUCUCUUUGUUCCAGGCCUUGCAGAAAGAUCUCAUUGUCAAAGAUCAUGGAAUUCGUCUCCUUGAAGCCCAGAUUGCCACAGGAGGCAUCGUCGACCCAGUUCACAGUCACAGAGUCCCUGUACAGGUGGCGUACCAGAGAGGUUACUUUGAUGAAGAAAUGAACAAAAUUUUAUCUGAUGCUGAUGAUGACACCAAGGGUUUCUUUGACCCCAACACUCAGGAGAACCUCACCUAUCUCCAGUUGGUGGAGAGAUGUAUCACAGAUCCCAUCACAGGCCUCAGUUUGCUGGUCAUCGUGAAGAAAGGCGAGUUUUAUUUCUUUGUUGACGAGGCAACAAAGCUGAUUCUGAAAUCAACAACAACAACCAGAGCAGGAGGGAAAUACCAAGGAACAACAGUGUCUCUGUGGGAUCUGCUCUACUCCAAAUACAUCACUGAGGAGAAGAGACGAGAGCUUGUCCAGCAGUACAAGGCUGGAACAAUCACAGUAGAAAGAUUUUUGGAGAUCAUCCUGACCAUCAUUCAACAGAAGACCAUAACAACUUCAUCUUCCUCAGUCGUCACAUGCUUACCUCCUGUAACAACAGUGGACAGCAACUCAUCUAAAACUACCAUCACUACAACAACAAUCACAGAGACCAGUCAAGUGGAAAAUUUUCAUGGAAUCAGAAAAGAUGUCUCUGCUACUGAGCUGCUGGAAUCAAAAAUCAUUGAUGAGAGUCUCUACAAAGAUCUUACAGCUGGAAAAGUCACAGUGACAGAAGUCAGUGAAAUGAACUCAGUACGCAAGUACCUCGAAGGAACCAACAGCAUCGCAGGAGUGUACCUCCAGUCCACCAAAGAGACUCUGAGUAUCUAUGAAGCCAAAAGAAGAAGUCUGCUGACUCCUGGUACCUCUCUGGUUCUGCUGGAAGCCCAAGCUGCCACCGGCUUUGUCAUCGACCCAGUUAACAACAAGAAACUUUCUGUCGAGGAAGCUGUGGCUCAACAAGUGGUUGGCAGUGAAUGGAAAAACAAGCUGCUUUCAGCAGAAAGAGCAGUUACAGGAUACAAGGAUCCCUACACUGGCAGCACAAUCUCUUUGUUCCAGGCCUUGCAGAAAGAUCUCAUUGUCAAAGAUCAUGGAAUUCGUCUCCUUGAAGCCCAGAUUGCCACAGGAGGCAUCGUCGACCCAGUUCACAGUCACAGAGUCCCUGUACAGGUGGCGUACCAGAGAGGUUACUUUGAUGAAGAAAUGAACAAAAUUUUAUCUGAUGCUGAUGAUGACACCAAGGGUUUCUUUGACCCCAACACUCAGGAGAACCUCACCUAUCUCCAGUUGGUGGAGAGAUGUAUCACAGAUCCCAUCACAGGCCUCAGUUUGCUGGUCAUCGUGAAGAAAGGCGAGUUUUAUUUCUUUGUUGACGAGGCAACAAAACUGUUUCUGAAAUCAACAACAACAACCAGAGCAGGAGGGAAAUACCAAGGAACAACAGUGUCUCUGUGGGAUCUGCUCUACUCCAAAUACAUCACUGAGGAGAAGAGACGAGAGCUUGUCCAGCAGUACAAGGCUGGAACAAUCACAGUAGAAAGAUUUUUGGAGAUCAUCCUGACCAUCAUUCAACAGAAGACCAUAACAACUUCAUCUUCCUCAGUCAUCACAUGCUUACCUCCUGUAACAACAGUGGACAGCAACUCAUCUAAAACUACCAUCACUACAACAAUCACAGAGACCAGUCAAGUGGAAAAUUUUCAUGGAAUCAGAAAAGAUGUCUCUGCUACUGAGCUGCUGGAAUCAAAAAUCAUUGAUGAGAGUCUCUACAAAGAUCUUACAGCUGGAAAAGUCACAGUGACAGAAGUCAGUGAAAUGAACUCAGUACGCAAGUACCUCGAAGGAACCAACAGCAUCGCAGGAGUGUACCUCCAGUCCACCAAAGAGACUCUGAGUAUCUAUGAAGCCAAAAGAAGAAGUCUGCUGACUCCUGGUACCUCUCUGGUUCUGCUGGAAGCCCAAGCUGCCACCGGCUUUGUCAUCGACCCAGUUAACAACAAGAAACUUUCCGUCGAGGAAGCUGUGGCUCAACAAGUGGUUGGCAGUGAAUGGAAAAACAAGCUGCUUUCAGCAGAAAGAGCAGUUACAGGAUACAAGGAUCCCUACACUGGAAGCACAAUCUCUUUGUUCCAGGCCUUGCAGAAAGAUCUCAUUGUCAAAGAUCAUGGAAUUCGUCUCCUUGAAGCCCAGAUUGCCACAGGAGGCAUCGUUGACCCAGUUCACAGUCACAGAGUCCCUGUACAGGUGGCGUACCAGAGAGGUUACUUUGAUGAAGAAAUGAACAAAAUUUUAUCUGAUGCUGAUGAUGACACCAAGGGUUUCUUUGACCCCAACACUCAGGAGAACCUCACCUAUCUCCAGUUGGUGGAGAGAUGUAUCACAGAUCCCAUCACAGGCCUCAGUUUGCUGGUUAUCGUGAAGAAAGGCGAGUUUUAUUUCUUUGUUGACGAGGCAACAAAACUGUUUCUGAAAUCAACAACAACAACCAGAGCAGAAGGGAAAUACCAAGGAACAACAGUGUCUCUGUGGGAUCUGCUCUACUCCAAAUACAUCACUGAGGAGAAGAGACGAGAGCUUGUCCAGCAGUACAAGGCUGGAACAAUCACAGUAGAAAGAUUUUUGGAGAUCAUCCUGACCAUCAUUCAACAGAAGACCAUAACAACUUCAUCUUCCUCAGUCGUCACAUGCUUACCUCCUGUAACAACAGUGGACAGCAACUCAUCUAAAACUACCAUCACUACAACAACAAUCACAGAGACCAGUCAAGUGGAAAAUUUUCAUGGAAUCAGAAAAGAUGUCUCUGCUACUGAGCUGCUGGAAUCAAAAAUCAUUGAUGAGAGUCUCUACAAAGAUCUUACAGCUGGAAAAGUCACAGUGACAGAAGUCAGUGAAAUGAACUCAGUACGCAAGUACCUCGAAGGAACCAACAGCAUCGCAGGAGUGUACCUCCAGUCCACCAAAGAGACUCUGAGUAUCUAUGAAGCCAAAAGAAGAAGUCUGCUGACUCCUGGUACCUCUCUGGUUCUGCUGGAAGCCCAAGCUGCCACCGGCUUUGUCAUUGACCCAGUUAACAACAAGAAACUUUCUGUCGAGGAAGCUGUGGCUCAACAAGUGGUUGGCAGUGAAUGGAAAAACAAGCUGCUUUCAGCAGAAAGAGCAGUUACAGGAUACAAGGAUCCCUACACUGGAAGCACAAUCUCUUUGUUCCAGGCCUUGCAGAAAGAUCUCAUUGUCAAAGAUCAUGGAAUUCGUCUCCUUGAAGCCCAGAUUGCCACAGGAGGCAUCGUUGACCCAGUUCACAGUCACAGAGUCCCUGUACAGGUGGCGUACCAGAGAGGUUACUUUGAUGAAGAAAUGAACAAAAUUUUAUCUGAUGCUGAUGAUGACACCAAGGGUUUCUUUGACCCCAACACUCAGGAGAACCUCACCUAUCUCCAGUUGGUGGAGAGAUGUAUCACAGAUCCCAUCACAGGCCUCAGUUUGCUGGUUAUCGUGAAGAAAGGCGAGUUUUAUUUCUUUGUUGACGAGGCAACAAAACUGUUUCUGAAAUCAACAACAACAACCAGAGCAGAAGGGAAAUACCAAGGAACAACAGUGUCUCUGUGGGAUCUGCUCUACUCCAAAUACAUCACUGAGGAGAAGAGACGAGAGCUUGUCCAGCAGUACAAGGCUGGAACAAUCACAGUAGAAAGAUUUUUGGAGAUCAUCCUGACCAUCAUUCAACAGAAGACCGUAACAACUUCAUCUUCCUCAGUCGUCACAUGCUUACCUCCUGUAACAACAGUGGACAGCAACUCAUCUAAAACUACCAUCACUACAACAACAAUCACAGAGACCAGUCAAGUGGAAAAUUUUCAUGGAAUCAGAAAAGAUGUCUCUGCUACUGAGCUGCUGGAAUCAAAAAUCAUUGAUGAGAGUCUCUACAAAGAUCUUACAGCUGGAAAAGUCACAGUGACAGAAGUCAGUGAAAUGAACUCAGUACGCAAGUACCUCGAAGGAACCAACAGCAUCGCAGGAGUGUACCUCCAGUCCACCAAAGAGACUCUGAGUAUCUAUGAAGCCAAAAGAAGAAGUCUGCUGACUCCUGGUACCUCUCUGGUUCUGCUGGAAGCCCAAGCUGCCACCGGCUUUGUCAUUGACCCAGUUAACAACAAGAAACUUUCUGUCGAGGAAGCUGUGGCUCAACAAGUGGUUGGCAGUGAAUGGAAAAACAAGCUGCUUUCAGCAGAAAGAGCAGUUACAGGAUACAAAGAUCCCUACACUGGAAGCACAAUCUCUUUGUUCCAGGCCUUGCAGAAAGAUCUCAUUGUCAAAGAUCAUGGAAUUCGUCUCCUUGAAGCCCAGAUUGCCACAGGAGGCAUCGUUGACCCAGUUCACAGUCACAGAGUCCCUGUACAGGUGGCGUACCAGAGAGGUUACUUUGAUGAAGAAAUGAACAAAAUUUUAUCUGAUGCUGAUGAUGACACCAAGGGUUUCUUUGACCCCAACACUCAGGAGAACCUCACCUAUCUCCAGUUGGUGGAGAGAUGUAUCACAGAUCCCAUCACAGGCCUCAGCUUACUCCCAUUGCGCAAAUGAAGUUCCUUUUACUGUAAUUACCACCGUUUUACAGUUUGUGCUUUUUUCACUUUUGUUACAAAAUGUUUUUCUAAGUUCUUAAAGAAAUCUGGAGGGACAAAUUCAUAUUGUCAGCUUCUCAUCGCUGCACAGUGAGCAACAAAUGAAUUAUGGCAAAGUUUUACCUUACCUUAUUCUGAUCUUCUUUGAGUACACAGUUUGUAUGGUAUACUUGUUUUUCCUGGUUUGAUGUUAUUUCAUGUUAUUGUAGAAUCUGGAUUUGGUUGUUUUUACAGCGUAACUGUAACCGGAUUGGCUUCAGCUGAAUCUGCUCCUAACUCUCUUUUAGAGGCCGGAUGGAUGAAGGUUUUAUUUUUGGGCUAAAGGCCUUUCUUACUGAAAUCUGUUGUUUCUUAACUAAGUCAAAUAUGAAUAUCAAUUUCUUGGGCCUUGGUUGACCAUUGCUGGAACAGUCAAGUUUUUUUUUUUUUCACAUUCUUUUUGCUCUGUCACGUGGGCUAAUAAAAAUGUGAGAUGAAUAGUUA